AGGCUUCGAGCGAGAAAAUAAUAGAGGUCUGGGUUUGUUUUGGAAGAGAUCCGGUUUCUUGCAGUAUAGAGAGAUUGAGAGAGAGAAGCACUGAGAGCGAAGUAGAGGUCCAUAGCAAGAUUUGGAUCGGGUUUGUUUCGUUUUGUUUUGUAUCCAGAGAGAUUGGCGCAGAGGCUUCGCUGCAGAGAUAGAGAGAUCUUUGCAUAAUUGAACAAGCUGAAAUACCCACCUAGGGAUUUGGAACAUCUGCUGCCACAACCACAAUUAGCUUCAAAUCAUAGUCAUACUCAACCCGAUAAGCAUCCAUUUUCUAUAAGUGUCGAGGACUAGACUAAACAUAAUCCUCGCUUGCAACAUUCCUAAUAAUAAUCCCAUGAUUGAGACAAAACUCAGCAGAAGAAACGAAAACCCUAAAUUGCAUACCCCUUUCUUCUGCAACUACCCAAAUCCCCAAUUGGAGCUCAGCGAUUAAACCCAGUUGAAAUGGCGAGUUAUAUGUGGAGGAAAUACGCAGACUAUGUGUACACAAAAUGGGAAAGAAUGAUUCUUUGGAACAUGGUGGAGCCCUACACCAGGCCCAAAUCGUUUACGCCUCUCGUCACUAUCUACGUCGCCGCUUUCUACACUGGAGUCGUCGCCUCUGCCAUCACUGAACAGCUCUACAAGGAAAAAUACUGGGAAGAUCAUCCUGGCCAUGCAGUCCCACUUAUGAAGCCCAAGUUUUAUGGAGGACCUUGGAAGGUAGAGAGAGGAGAGGUUCCGGCCGCUCUCCCACCCCCAUAGACAAGUUUGAGAAAUUGUCCAAGAGUUUCUACUAUCAUUUGCAAUCUUCUGUUAUUGAAUGUCAAGGGCUUAUUGUGCCAAGAAGAAAGAAAAUGAGAAAAACAAUAUGAUUGGUGUACUGUUUGGUACUUCUGGUAAUUAUCCCAACUUGAUCUAUUUUAAGUCUUU